CUGAGUUUUGAAAGUUAAUGGUCUGCUCUUACUACUCGGUCAUCUUUACAUUUACAUUAUUUAGCUGACUGAAUGCAUACAUUUCAUGGCAAUUAAGCACCAUUACAUUUCAUUAAGCACCAUGCUCCUACCAAAUGACCUACGUGAGGCAUUGAGGUUAUGGGAUUUCAUGUUCUGAUAUGUUUACAAUGGGCAAUACCUAUGCAUUGGCUAACCCUAACUCCAAAUUACUCCACAAUUUUAUGUCUAAUGUACUGUACUGCUUGAAAGUAUGAUUUUCAUGAAGACUGGUGGUUUGUUUCACUCAAAAGACGUAGGCCUACUUUGACUUGAGAUUUAUCUUUUACUGAAAUAAAUCCAAACUUGUGGACAAAUAUUGUAGCAUGCAUACCUACGACUCAUCCAUCCAACACCAUCAGAACACAACACAACGACGGGGUUCCAGUCACAACGCGCGGUCACGACACAACGGGUUUCCACCACAGGGCCAGGGCAGGAAUUGAUUGGACCAUAACGAUGUCUGCGUAUAGGAAGGCGGGUGUAAGAAUAAGUGUUCCAGUGUUCUCUUUUUCUUAGAUGCUGGUUCAGUUUGAAGUCGUUUGACAAUAGAACCAGUUCAUCAGCGACAAAUUACUGGUAGCUUAUUUAAUUUGACUGUCGACAACACCACCAGACCUACUUCAAAGCUGAACCGACGUAUAAAUGUUCGCUGGCCUUUUUUAUGGGAACAAUUACAUCCUGAAUUGAACAAUAAUGUGCUUUUUCUUUGGAUCUACGCUAUUUAUGUCUAUUUUUACCUGAGUAUCAAACAAUCAGCUGCUUUAAAAACAACCGUAACUGCGGACAGGAGUACGGGAGCUGUUAUAACUGUUGAUAAACAGGGAAUCCUUACUCAUCCAGAACCACCUCAUGUGCCUUAAUGCACCCGUUUCAGUGGUGUAACGGGUGCUUCUGUGGUCUGGGCCUGGUCUACUUCAACAAGUCGUGCACCAUGCCUCCCAUCACCUUCCAGGACGUGCCCCUGAACAUCUACAUGGUUAUCUUUGGAACAGGCAUUUUUGUCUUCAUCCUCAGUCUCAUCUUCUGCUGCUACUUUUUCAGUAAACUAAGACAUCAGGCCCUGACUGAGAGAUUUGGCUACAGAGAUGUUGUUUUAAAUGGGGAUCCUAAGAAGUUGAAUCUGCAUGGGCAGACGUGUGCUGUUUGCUUGGAAGACUUCAAAUUCAAAGAUGAGCUGGGAGUGUUGCCAUGCCAACAUGCCUUUCACAGGAAGUGUCUGGUGAAGUGGCUGGAGGUGCGCUGUGUGUGCCCAAUGUGUAACAAACCCAUUGUAGGACCCCUAGAACAACGCCACAGCAUAGGCAUACUACUGAGCGAACUGGUGUAACCAUAGUGUCUGGCAUGAAAGGGCCCUGCUAAGCCAGUAGAACUCUGCAACCAACCGGGACCCUUAUCAGGUUUAACCUACCAACCAACAGAAAGUGGACAACGUAAUCUGGUGCGUCUUAGAUGCCAAAUCUAUGAACCGUUCUGGACAACAACUGGAAUACUUCAAUAACUUUGUUGGCCGACACGUUUCAGAGCAAAGCUCCUCUGUUUUAAAGCCACCCACAGAUGACUGUGAAAUGGUGUAACCUAGUUACUACCUUCAAAAGCAGCCGUUCCUUAGCAACAAACACAGAAUUGCAGACGCAUGUUAACACCGCACUCUGACAGACUGUCACAAUACCCACACAUCACUGGCUUUCUCUUUCCCUUACCUUUCUAAUCUCCCUUAACCCCCUCUCUGUCCUUGUCAUUCAGGAACUCUACCUGACUUUAUUCCAGGCUUCUUGUCUGCUUCUCUCUCUGCUACUCUUUCCCACCACAUAUUUUCUUCUUUCUCUCUCUCUUCCACUCUUUCUCACCAUCUUUCUCUUACUGCCACAGAGGUGCUUGCUAGUUCCAAAGUCCACAAGACCAAAAACGAGCAGACAAUUCAAGUUUGGAAAGUGACUGAGCAGGUGGUGUACAGCAGUAUGUGAAGAUCUAUCAGAAUGAUGGGGUUGAAAGAAAACUCCUGAAUGUUCUAUAGGCAUGCGUCUGUUCUGUUUGUGUUCUAUGUUGCACUGAGGAUUCCAUUUGGAUUUGUCACUAGGUAUAUUUCUUGUUUUGUGGUCUGAUUUGUAUAUUUUGUAUGUGGAUCAAAGGAAUGUGAAUAAUGUCCAUCACCCCUUCAUCACUGAGUUGUUCUUGUGCAAAACAUGUCAUUAUUUGUGAAAAUUUAUAUUUUUCAAUAACACUCUGACAAGUGUUCUGUGAACGUAUUGCCAUUUGACAGUACUGCAAGUAUAGGUGAAGACUGUUCUCAACAGCAUUUGUGGAGCCCCAGUAAUUGGUAAAUGAAGCUCACAUUUCAUAAACUUGCCAGACACAUGAAGACUCAAUUAAGUGUUUAAUUGUUUUUUGUGGUAUGUCUCAAGAACUACCCAAUCUGAUGAAAUUCAGUAUAUUGGUGAUUUUGAAAUGGGCUCUUAAAAAAAAGUUCAUUAACAGAAAAACAUCUAAUUUUACCAAGAGCCAUAAACUGCCUUUGACUGUGAUUCUCUCAAGCUAAUAUCAACAUUGCUAUUGUUUGUUUAUUAACUAUUUUAUAUACAGUAUUAUUGUUUUUUUGAGUUGUUGGGAACAAGUAAGUGCAGAUGAGGUGGACAGAGGUGUGAUAUGUAAUUGUAAAUAUAGAUAUUGAAUUAUAUAUGUGUACAUUGUGGUGGCACUGAUAGAAUGUAAAUUGCAUUAGUUGUUAAAGAUAAGUUGGUGGAUAUGGAUAUCCACAAAACCACAAAGACAGAUUCGAAUCAUUUGAGAUGAGGUAUGAUGUUCAUCACGCUCACCUACCAUUUCUUUCUCGUGGCACUAUAAUUUAUCGUUUUAUCUCUGCAUCAGUAAACUGCUCCUGGAUUCGUCCGAACAGGCUAUGUUUUUCCACUCCUCAUUUGCCCAGUGUCGGCGAUUACAUGCCCACUCCAGCCGCUUAUUAUUUUUCUUGCUGAUAGUAACUCUGUGUGGUCAUCUACUUCAAAUGCCAUUCCGUGACAAAAAAACUAUGCGUUUUGCAUUCAGUCUGCAUGCCCCUGUUGGACUGUUCGGUUAUUUACCUGUUUGUGACCCUGUUAGCUUGCACGAUUCUUUUCCAUUCUCCUUCAACAUUUCUCAUAAACAAGCUGUUUCUCCCCCGCCUGACUGCCGUUGACUGGAUGUUUGUUAGUUUGCUAGCGAUCGUACUAUGCUCAAUGGCCACAUGACUGUUUAUACAAACAAUCAAUUUUCAUGAACGGGGGUGGUGUAAAACCUGUUUGCUGAGUGUAUAUCAAGAUUGUAAUAAUAAAAAUAAUAGUCAAUACCCCUGUAUUAAGCACAAAAACACAUCUAUAGAUCACUAGUCUAUAUAUUAGGAAUGGACCAAAACAAUUUGUUUAUUUUAUAUGGGUGUUAUGUUGCUGUGACAAUGAAGUACAACACAGUCUUGACCAGGGAAUUAUAAACCAAGUAGACUUGCUUCUGGAUGCUGUUUGGCUGAAAGAGCAUUUUAAUAGUGUAUAUUAGACAAUAUACCACCCACAAGGUGCCUUAUAACUAUUUUAAACUGAUUACCAACAUAAAUAGAACAGUAAUUAAGUAUUUUGCAUCCUACCUGUGGUAUAUUGUCUAAGACACACAUUAAAUAUUUUGCAUCAAACAGAAUAGCUAGGACUGCUGCUGUCGUUUUUAUCAAACUGUUCAAUGCACCUAACUUUAAUUCCGGCCCUGAAAAACAACAGUGCCGGCUCAGACAGUACCGUGGUUUCCCCUAAUAUGGAUUCCAUCUUACAGAACCUUUUAGAAGAACCAAUUACAGAACAUUUUAGAAGCUGGCCAUGUUUGUUGAUGAUCAGCCACACUCCAGGUUUUUUCAUCAGACGGUGUACAUACAUAAGAAUAAAUGAAGGGUUUAUGACUA